GGAAAAUGAAUUACAACGAAUCCUCCAUUUUGCAUGACUUCAAGAACUUUGUUCCUGGUCUUCCAAUUUAUACCACACCACUUAGCCCAGAGUUUCAGCAUUCCUGUGAAUUUUAUAAUCGAUCCCUCACAUAUCAACCCCUCGCUGUCGUUCAACCCCAUAAAGCAGAAGAGAUUUCGCAAGUGGUGCAAUUCUGCAAAGCAAAAGGUAUUCCGGUUGUUAUUCGUUCCGGUGGUCAUGAUUUCUUUGGUAGGUCAUUAGUGGCUGGGAGCGUACUCAUUGAUAUGCGAUCUAUGGAUUCGAUUAUCAUUGAACCUGACCGAGCAAGUGUCCGUGUAGGGGGAGGGGUCAUUUCUGGAGAUCUACAGCAGGUACUGGAUUCGCACCGUCUUUUCACUCCGACAGGGCAGGCUAAAUCAGUAGGUUAUGUGUCGUGGGCAUGCGGGGGAGGUUAUGGCUUCUAUGUCGGAACCUAUGGCUUUGGGGUAGAUCAAAUCCUUGGAGCACGAGUGGUUGUGGCUAAUGGUGAUAUUGUCGAUACAAAUGAAGAUCCAGAGUUGCUCUGGGCGCUUCGUGGUGCUGGUGCAGGAACGUUUGGUGUCAUUGUUGAACUACGCGUCAAGACCUACCCUUCACCAAAACUGUAUGCGGGAUUACUUGCCUUUCCUUUAUCUGAGGCUGCUAAUGUAUUAGCUGGAUUUGAGAAACUCUUAGUGGAAGGUUAUCCCGACGAAUUCAGUGGAGACGCUAUCGUCGCACGCCCAGAAAUGCUCCCAAUUGACAUAGCAGAGCCUUGCUUCGUUUUUUUGUGGUGUUGGACUGCUGUAGAUGGUGAUCUCGCCAUGGCGAAGAGCUUCCUUCAUCAAAUGAUGAACUUAGGCACAGUUUUGGCAAAUACGGUAACAGAGACCACGGCAGCUGCGUAUGGAAUGGGCAAAUCUUCGUCGGCAACCUUCUUUCGCAGUAGGAACAUUGACAGACUUCAACACGACAUCGGAUCCAUUCUUGCUCAAGGCCCCCCAUCUCAGCCGCUAUCUGCUGUUGUGAUCCAUAACAACCAUGGUAAAGGAGUACGGGAUGGAGUCGCAGAUGGAAUUGGGACUGCCUUUGUAAAUCGAUAUCAGCACGUCAUUCUAGGCCUGCAUGGAGGAACAAAUUGGGAAACCGUUCCAGACAGUCAAGAGACAGUAGACGCAACUGUAUGGGUCAAACAGCUGGAAAACAAGAUCGAUGAGAAGAAUUUUACGUUAAGAGGAGGAUUUGCCAGUUUUUUCUCUCCUGAAGAUAUCGAUGUGGUAGAGUUUUUCGGAAGAAAGUUAGCGGAAAGACUCAAACACUUGAAGAAUAGACUUGACCCCGGAAACAUUUUCUGUAACUCUUUACCAGGACUUUCGACAUAGAUUAGGGUUUGGCCAUAGUUAGAAGUAUUUAAUUUGGGACUAGAGAUUUGACUGAUGGAGCGCUGGUUCUUGCUACAGCUAAAAUACGAUAAGCAUGAUUUUCACAUUGAAUACAUUUUUUUCAAUAACUGAUGUUAUAA